AUGUCCUGGCUUCUACAAAACGUGGAGGGCUGGGACUACUUCAUUAAUCUCAAUGACUCUGAUUACCCGGUGGCGGACCUGUCGUCGCUCCAACGCUUUCUUUGGUUGAACAACGGCAGCAACUUCGUGAAUGUCGGGUCGGCUUACAAGGAUUGUGAUUGUGGGCGGUACCUGGUGUACGAAUGCCGGGAUGAGCUCUACUCCAUCGCGCCAGAGACCAGGUACCCUCGACGCCCGGAGCUGCAGCACGCCUCGGGGCCGAACCUUGUGGCGAUCACCUGGGCUUUCGCGAGUUACAUCGACACAAAUCGGGGCGUGGCGCUCACGCCUGUGCAACAAGUAUUGGAAGAUCUCAGCAUCCUGCAGCAGCCGGACGAGAAGUUCUUCCAGACGAUGUCGCUGAAUAGCCCGUUUUGCCAACGGCACGUCCGUUGGGGCUUCCACAUCUGGGAUCGACCCCGACUGGCCCCGGACAGCUCGUCGCCGGAAGUUGCGGGACCCGAGUUGAAAAUGCUGACUCCUCCAGUCCUCAACGAGAGCUUCUGGCCCGUGCUGUCGGAGGUCAAAAGCAAAGGCAUGGCGGUCUUCUUCGCGCGGAAGUUUGACAACAACCAAACAAGGUCCCUUCAGGACCGUAUAGAUGACGCUGUCGAUGGACGCAGCACCGACUUUGGUUCUGGCCCUCGCUGGCUGGAGGUCAAAGGGGCCUCGUCGCGGGCAUGGCUCAAGGCGCUUUUUCAUGCAGAUGCUUUGGCCUCGCCGGAGCGACUUGAGGUCUGGGAGGAGCAGCCUCGCGACGGCGUCUACUUUGGGGUGCAGCGCUACAGGGCCUCUGCCACCUUUGCAUGCACUGAGCUGCUCCAGGAAUCGCCGCUGGCCCGCCGACGCUGCAGUGUCACGGGGCAGGCUGUGCUGGAAGAGCUCGCGUUUCGUCCAGUAGAGGAUGCCAUGAAUCUGUCAGCAGUCUCCCGGUCGCCCUUGCUCGCUGCCUUGCGGGUUGGCACGGGCUGGAGCCCGGAGCGCUUCUCCCUGCACAUGGCUUCCGUCGUCCUUCUGGAAGACUUGAGUCAGGUCGACCUGGUCUUGUACUGGUCGCAUGCAACCGUGCGUGGUGGGGACAGCAACGAGGGCGACAGCAUUGGCGAGGGUCUGCAGCAGCUGGAGGUGCUGUGGAAGAGCCCACUUGGACGAACGGCUUCAUCAGUUUCCCCUUACAGGCCGCAGCUCAUCUCCUGGUCUCGUCUUCCUGAGGGCCUGGCCGAAAUGCCGGUGGCCGGCGAGUGGCUGGUGGAAGUCUGGCUGCACGGGGCGCGGAUCGGGUCGCGCAGCUUCUUUGUGUGCACGGAGCGGUGCAAAGGUCUCGAUCUCAGCACGGUUCGGCAAUACUUCGCGAUGACAUGA